AUGAGCACAAGUUCAAGAUAUACUAAGAAAAUUCAACGUAAUUAUAAUUUAGCGAGAAGAGUUCAUAUUAAGUUAAGCUUAAUAAAGAAAAAUUCGCCAGAAAGAAAUUGUGAUCUGCCAAGGCCGUUUGAAUCCAUAACAGAAAGAAAUUGCAGCAAUUCCAAAAAUUGAGAGAAAUCAUCAAACCCAUUUAAAGUGAUUACAAAUACAGCCAAGCCGAGAUACUCAAGUCCAGAAUUUUACAGGCAAAGUGAAGAUAGAUGCAGGCCUAUUGAGUGUUUGCAAAAGAAGAGUUUACAAAUUAAUUUUGAAAUUAACGAAACUAAUAAGGGGAGAGCAUCACCUUUAAAGCUAUCACAUUGUAGAUGUAAUAGCGAAACUGCUUUAGAAAAGGAAAAUAAAAGACUGUACAGAAAAAAUCUCCAAAGGCUAUCCCAAAACUAUAGAAUUAAUAAAGAUUCACUUCCAGGUCAUUUUUCGAAACUUUUGACAAGAAAUAUUUCAAAUUUGGUUGUAAGGACUGAUCACCGUUGUGUUGCGUAA